AGGACGAAGCGUCAUGUUGCCAUUGAUUUCUAGAUAAACAAGCCAUGCUGCAACCUCUGUCAGAUCAUACCAGCCCAGGAUUGCAGUAGGUCGUGAGAGACAUCAACCUCCUAUCACCAUCAUGCCAAGCCGACUUGAAAGUGCUAUGGACACGCUUAUAACAGUUUUCUACAACUACUCUGGGAACGAUGGAGACAAAUACAAGCUCAACAAGGGAGAGCUAAAACAACUAUUGAACAGUGAACUCACUGACUUCCUCACGUCUCAGAAAGACCCCAUGAUGGUGGAGAAGAUCAUGAAUGACCUGGACUCCAACAAAGACAACGAGGUGGACUUCAAUGAGUUUGUGGUUCUGGUGGCGGCCCUGACCGUAGCCUGCAAUGACUUCUUCCAGGAGCAGCAGAAGAAGAAAGCCAACUAAGGGUUGAGUCCGAAAUGGCUUCCUGUUGCUAUGACCGGUCUAUAAAGGGUUCUGUCUAAAAGUAGUGCAUUGCAUAUGGAAUAGGGAGGCAUUUCAGAUCGGCCCGUGGAUAGUAAUAGAAUUAGAAACCAACCACGCCCAUCAUGCUGAACACUGAUUUACAUUAUGGUUUCAGUGCUACUAAAACCACUACACUAAAUAUGUUGUUGUUUUUUGCAUCAGGAAUGUUAACAGCAGAAGUACACUAGACUAAAGUAGAAAUCUCCAUUAACAUACUCUUGCUAGAUAUAGGAUACUUCUGUGCCUCCGACGCGUCAAAACAGAUUAUUCCAAACAGAUGUUAACAUGUUGUCACACUAGCCUAAGUGCCAGACUGUUUCUGUUCUCAACAACACUUCUUGCCAGAGAAGAUAACCAUAAAGUGGUCCUCUGUAGCUCAGCUGGUAGAGCACGGCGCUUGAAACGCCAAGGUAGUGGGUUCGAUCCCCAG